UUGUAUAAGUUAAGUUUUACACUUCGAAAUGGAAAUUGAAAAUAUAGAUCGCAAAGGUACCAAACGAACCAGGUCCGUGAAUUAUAGCGUCGAAGACUGCCUAAAACUGGUGGACCUUAUCCGUCCACUAAAAAAUAUUAUCGAAAACAAAAAAACUGAUGCUGUCCAGUGGACGGAAAAAAACAAAGCAUGGGACAGUAUAUGUACGAGGUAUAAUAGUAUCACGACCCAGUCUAGAACGACAAAAGAAUUGAGGCAGAAGUACGAAGCCCUCAAACGUGAUGCUAGGAAAGACUCUGCUUUGCGGCGACAGGCCUUAUUGCAAACUGGAGGCGGACCAGGAAUUGAAAUAAAAAAUAACAUCGUACUGGAGAAAAUAAAAGAACUCCUCCAGCUUUCUGCUGACGGAUUGAGCAGCAUUUUCGACUGCGACCGGAUAUGCGAUGCACAAGUUUCUGUAGCAACUGUUGAACCAGGUGAGGUGCAGGAAGAAAUUUUGGAAACCUUAGAGGAAAUUGCAGAAAAAGCUUCAUGCUGGGAACAUUUACGAGAGGAAGAUUACUACGAAACUGUGGAACUGCAAGGUGUACCUGAUAGUACAUUGGCAACUGCGUCAGUCAUCUCUGCCACAGGAAAUUCGGAGAGAGAAACAGAUGACUGGUCAUCCUACAAGCCAUCCAUGCUGAGAAAAGCAAAAAAUUGUAAACUGAAGGAGAAAAUUGCUGCAUCACACGAUGAAUCGGAACGUUUACCUCCAAAUGCGUCAAGAAGUAUGCAGAGGAAACGGCCUGCAUUCCAUGACCGGCCAUUAUCAAUGAAUGGGGAGCGGCUCAGCGGUUGGGCAACGGAGAAAAGAAACCUUGCGCUUUGUCAGCAGGAGCUACUCCGAAAAGAGUUUGAGGCCAGAGAAGAGAGGGAGGAGAAGCUUCACAAAAUUGAAAUGGAGAUAAAAAAGAAAGUAUUAGAGAAACUUGAGUUGGACAUUAUGAUAAGGAAAAAAACUUUACAGGAAAUGGAAGACAAGCAUAAGUGUUAA